UGCCAUGUGUUCUUGUUUCGGGACUGUGCAUGGAAAUUUUACGAAAUAGUUAAUUUAUAUUGUUUACACGGCUAUAAUUGUCUCUAAUUUUGAAAUAGUGUACCGUAUCUGGAUGUUAAGUACAUAAGAUAAAGUUUAAAUUACUAAAGUAGCCUCUCCUAAACAUACUAGUUGCUUUUGCUGAAGCCGGCAGCUAGAUCUCUUCUUUAUUAUUGUAAUUAAAAAUGUGAAGGGUCAAUUGCUGUAAUGUUCAGAACAACAAAUUAAUGAGAUAGUAUACCGUAGACCUUAUUAUUCAUUACCAAGUUUAACUUCGUCGCCAGUAGUCGGUAUACGAAAUUAAGAUGGGUGAAGAAAGGGUUAAAAUGCGAAAACAGCUUGGGUUGUUAGAGGGGGUAGCUAUAAUUUUAGGCAUCAUAUUUGGCAGUGGAAUAUUUAUAUCCCCUAAGGAGGUGCUGGAAAACACAGGCUCAGUGUGGGGGGCCUUGUCAGUGUGGGCUGCUUGUGGAUUGUUGGCUACUCUGGGCGCUUUGUGCUAUGCAGAACUAGGUACUACUUUGGCUCAAAGUGGAGGUGAUUACCACUACAUCAAUGAGGCUUAUGGAUCACUGCCAGCAUUUCUUUACCUCUGGGAUGCUAAUUUGGUAUUUGUACCGAGUACAAAUGCUAUAAUGGCAUUGACUUUUGCUAACAACUUAUUGGAGCCCAUAUUUCCAAAUUGUCCCAUUGAACCAUUAAGCCAGAAAUUAAUUGCAGCAGUAACUAUUUGUUUCCUCACAUUUAUAAAUGCUUAUGAUGUUCGGUUUACCACUAAACUGCAAAAUGUCUUCAUGUUCACAAAAAUAUCUGCAUUGUUCAUAAUAAUUAUUGGCGGUAUUGUGUGGUUGUGCCAAGGAAGGGUUGAAAAUUUUGAGGAUGGCUGGGAAGGAACAAAGACAUCAGUUAGUGACUGGUCUGUUGCUUUCUACUCGGGAAUAUUUUCGUAUUCAGGAUGGAGUUACUUGAAUUUCAUGACGGAGGAACUCAGGGAUCCGUUCGUGAACUUGCCUCGCGCUAUUUACCUAUCUCUGCCGCUGGUGACCGCCAUUUACUUGCUGGCAAACGUCGCUUACCUGGCUGUGUUGGGACCUACUGGAGUUAGGGCCACUGAAGCUAUUGCUGUCGAUUUCUCCAUAGCCGCAUUAGGCUGGGUGCGGUACGCCAUGCCCUCACUCGUCGCGAUAGCUAUCCUGGGUGGGCUGACCGUGCAUAUCAUGACGUCAUCGCGCAUGUGCUUCGCCGGCGCCAGGAACGGCCACAUGCCUGAACUACUUGCACACAUUAACGUUAAAUGUAUGUCUCCGUUGCCGUCCCUCGUUUUCUUGAUGAUAAUUUCACUGAUAAUGCUGAUCCCUAGCAAUCUGACGUCGCUGAUUACGUACUGUACCAUAGUCGAGUCCUUCUUCACCACCCUCAGUUGCAGCGCCGUGUUGUGGCUGCGGUAUAAGAAACCGGACUUGCCUAGGCCUAUUAAGGUGCCGACAUGGAUGCCGGUGGUGUUCGUGUCUCUGUGCGCAGUGCUGCUGGUGGUGCCGGUACGCGCCGAGCCGGUGGCGGUGCUGGCGGGCGCGCUCAUGACGCUGGCCGGCGUGCCCGUCUACUACGGCUUCGUGCGCCGCCGGCCGCAGUGGCUGGUUCCCGUCGCUACUCAAUUCACCCACGGAUGCCAAAAGCUGUUCCUAUCAGCCGUAGAAGACAAAGAAGAAUGAAUCCUAAGACUUAAAACAUUGAAUCUCACAUCAUAUCUCCCAGUUUAGUUGUUGUACAGUCUCUUGUUGAAGUUUAGUACCUUUUGCUCUUAUUAUUAGUACUCUCUUUAGAUUAUGUUUGAUCUGCUUUGUGUGAUUUGAUUAGACUUUAGGUUGCGUUGUUUUUAUUUAACUUUAAGUGUUUUGAACAUUAAUGUAAGUAUUUUUGUGUGUUCUUUAUGUAGGUACCUAUUAGUAAAAAAACACACCAAAAAAGAGCUUUAUUUGAGACAGUCGUUGCUGUUAACGCGCUCAAAGAAACGUAGUCCUCAUUUUAUUAUACUUACUUUUUGGGUAUUAACAUAACCUAUUGAAAAUUCUGUGUUGAAACAAUAAAAUAUGUAUAGUAUUUCAACCAUAACUAUUUCCCUACGUUUUAAUUUUAACGAAUAUUCAAAUGGAAGAGUAUUAAAAAUAGGUGAAAUCUGUUUUCUGUUUCAAAUUUUUUCAAUAUUAGAAAAUGGUUAUAGAGGAAAUAGGGAUUACUUUUGUAUAGAAUAACGGCUGUCCUUUUUUCUCUUAGUGCUCUUUUAUUAGGUAUGUUAUGUUGUUUUUGAUUAUAUUAUUAUAAUGAUGUUUUUACUCGGCAUCUUACUGAUUCGAUUUACUAAUGUAACAGUAUUGCUCUCAACAUUUUGACUCAUUUAGUUACUUACAUAAUACUUAGUAUGUAUAGAAAAAUCGGAGGGCAGCUAUUAUGUACUUUGGUGUAGCUAUAUUAAUCUCAUGCCUGGUUCCUGUUUUUGUCAUAUGCGUAUAAUUUGUUCACUUAAUGAAAAAAUAAUCAUUUAAUCAGAUAUUGUUACAAGUAAAUAUUUACUUGGCGUUUUAUAAAAACUUGGUGUUACACAUUUUUACAAGUUGGAUAUUAGGUGCGAAAGGCCCUAGAAAAAAAUUAUAUUCGCUUCUUUUCCUACUGACAAACUUGUGUAAAUGACUAUACAAUGUGUAAAUUCAAUACCGACCAUAACUUGGUUCAAGUUAGAAUUUGUCCAUGUCCAAAGAAACCCGGUUGGUAUAUUAACUUGUAUGUUGCGUUACAUUGUUUGCUUAGUUAUUUGCAGUAAAUUUUCCACAUUAAUUAAGUAUUUACCUAUAAAAAACCUUAGAUUUAACAGUAACCAGUAUAAAUAUUGGGCCGCAUUGAAUUUUCACACUGUAUGUGUAUUGUGUAUCAAACUCACCAUGUGAUUUUUGAAGUGAAACUUCUAAUCCGACUUGCAAACGAGGUUGUAGGGGGUAUGAAAGCACUGUAGUACCAGGGUUCCAGAACCGAAAGGUGGUAAGUCGGGGUUACACACACGUCUGUCUGUAUAAACAUUUUCAUAUAUGAACUUCCCUAGCUACACUACACCAUAGUUCCGAUCACAUGUAGCACCAGGGGCCGCAGAGCAGAAGCGAAAGGCUAAAUAAUACAAAUUUAGCUAGUUAUAUUUCCUAUCACCUGUAGUACUAGGUCCCCAGAACCAAAAGGUGGUAAAGCGGGGUUUUUUCAGUGACGAAAAUUGAUUACCUAUUUACGUCGACUUGCUGUAACUGCUCUAAGUCUCGGUGGCUAGGCGGUGUUCGUGCCGGAGUCACAAGACAGAGAUCCGUGGUUUGAUCCCCGGCACAGGUGUACUUUUUAUGUUUUUUCUACUCCCGAACUGUUAUUCGUCAUUUACAGGGUCGUGCAUAUAUCUUUUAAGCCCUAUAUAAAAGUCUAUUUCCCAAAGCCAGCGUCCGCCGGCUUUCCGCGCAUGCGCGCAGUAUCGAAAAAACUAAAAACGCAUUGUUUGGCUCUGUAACCAUGGCAACGCAUUGUUAUAACGAUAAUGCGCGCGUGCGCGGG